AUGUAGCCCCUGGGAUCUUUGCGGCCUCGUUCCGAGAGAAGACUGGAUGGGUGAUUGUUCAAUGCAUGUGAGGGGUGCAGCUGUAGCUGCCUCGUGGUCUUCCAAUCUGAUCGAAUCUCGGUUUAAUCUCAAAGGCUCAAGAAGAUGGGGGUGGAUCUUAUAGGACCGGGAGGACACCGCUCUAAAGAAGUCCAUCCUCCCAUGAACAUAGCGCUGGCAACUCCUCUUUUUGUACUCGCCGGCGCCUUUGGGAUCCUUUUCAUUGUCCGUGUCCUUGUCAAGCUACAACUUCGCCAACGUCUUCGCGCAAUCCAUCGAGGCGACGACCAGUCAAGAUUCGAAGAAUGCAAUAGUUUGAUUUCAGGCCUCAACAAACAUGUUUUCUACGCGCCACUGCUGUCCACUCGGCAUAGUCGCGAGUUUCGCAUUUGGGGCGAUGUCCACAUGGGGACGGUACCGUUGAGACUGGAGGCUUUGCUGCUGGCAGCAUACAUCGCAGUGAACCUGAUAUUCUUCUUUUCCCUGGUGGACUGGUGGAAGGAUUACCAGGAAGUGACAUAUGAGCUCAAGUAUGCUGCUGGCCACCUUGCAGUAAUGAAUACUCCAGCACUCGUGUUAACAGCUGGUCGAAACAAUCCGUUGAUUCCUCUUCUUGGGAUUCAGUUCGAUACCUUCAAUCUUCUUCACCGCUGGGUCGGUCGAUUAAUUGUUGUUGGAGCCAUUGUUCACAUGGCUUGCGUGGUAGCAGGGAAAUCUGCACAAAUGAGCAUGGGGGAAAUUACUCAUUUGAUAUGGACUGUUCCUUUCUUUAUAUACGGAAUAGUGGCUCUCAUAGCAUUUGUCCUGAUAUUGAUUCAAUCUGUUUCACCGAUCCGACACGCAUUUUACGAAGCAUUCCUCCAUUUUCAUAUCGCCCUAGCAAUAAUGGCAUUUGUAGGGCUUUGGUACCAUCUCAAGGGUCUCACUCAGCAGCGUGUGCUCCUCGCUACGCUAAUUCUCUGGGGAUUAGAGAGAGCUGGACGGCUAGGAAGCCUUAUUUGGCGCAAUUGUGGUAAGCAUCGCACAAGGGCCGAUGUUGAGCUUCUCCCCGGGAAUGUGGCUCGCGUCACUGUUAGGCCUGCAAGGCCGUGGACAUUCAAAGCUGGACAGUAUAUGUACUUGUAUAUUCCGUCACUGGGAUUGUGGACUUCACACCCAUUCUCAGUGGCCUGGAUAUCGUCCAAUGAGACAAAGGUUACGGAGAAACGAGGUUCUGGCGACUCCUUCAAUCUCCUGCUGGAAGAGCGACAGCAGCCUACCGUCUCGUUUUUGAUCAGACGGCGUGAUGGGUUCACGAGUAAAUUGCUUCAGAAGGUGAAUAAUACCGACCAAGGGCAAUUUUGCGCCACCGCACUUGCAGAAGGACCGUUUGGUGGACUUCACUCUCUGACCUCCUACGGAACGAUAGUUUUAAUUGCCGGAGGAAUCGGGAUAACACACCCAAUGUCGUAUAUGCAUGAAUUUGUCGAGGGCUUUGCUGCACAAACCAUCGCUGCACGCAGGGUUAGUCUGGUCUGGGUUGUUCGCAGUCUCGACCAUCUUGCUUGGGUCCAACCGUGGAUGACCUCACUGCUCAAUCACCCGGCGGUCCAAAUCCCAGCGGCACAGAAACAACACUCCUACUUUCAGCUCCCAGAGUUCUCCCUGUCUAUCCAGAUCUACGUGACGGAUCGAGACUGUAGCUCGGAGGAAUACAUGUCUGACGAAAGCCCCUGGGCUUCGGCCGCCCCUCCCAGUGUUCCGGUUCAUAUUGGCUUCGGGAAGCCGUGUUUCAAUGAGGUCCUGGAGGCCGAGCAGGCCAAACAGGUAGGGGCCAUGGCUGUGAGUGUAUGCGGGCCCGGUGGAAUGGGAGACGAUGUCCGCAGCACGGUACGGAAGAUGCAGGGCACGAAGACUGUAGAUCUCUACGAGGAGACGUUUUCCUGGUAGCAUAAUAAUUAUCAUAUAUACCUUUCAGGCCAUAGCCACUGCUUUCUUCAUACCUGUCAAGAGA